AUGCCUGCGCCCGCAACCCCACAGCCCCGCCUGGGGCGCAGUGCCCCGGCGCUCCUGCUCCUCCUGACGGCUCUCGCCACCGGCCUCGGCUGCCACCACCGGCCUGCCAGCGAUGACACCUUCCCCUGGCGCAGCCUCCAGCUCCUCCAGGCCAUGGCUCCCAGCCCCACACCGCCCUGCCACCACCAGCAGGCGCCCCUCUUCCCCGACACCCUCCUGCACAUCAGCCACCCGCAGCAAGCCGCCGCCAGCGCCCUCCGCAUCCUCCAGCACCUCUUCCACACCCUCAGCAGUCCCAGCACCCCCCAGCACUGGCACAACGAGCCACGGCACCAGCUCCUCAACAGCCUCCAGCACCGCAUCCAGCACCUCCAGCGCUGCCUGCCGGGCAACGCCACGCUCUUCCCGGGACAAGGGCCCCGCAGCACGCUGCUCACCAUCAACAAAUACUUCCGACACAUCCAGGACUUCCUGCGCACCCACAACCACAGCGCCUGCGCCUGGGACCACGUCCGCCUCGAAGCUCGCCUCUGCUUCCAGCACCUGCACAACCUCACCCGCACCGGCCGCAAUUAGCCCAGCCACCCCACGCUCCCGCACCGCCCCGACACCGG